AUGCAAUUUCUAGAGUCCGUUGUCUUACCUCACCACUUCCUGCACGAUUCCUUUCCUUUCUCGUCCGCUACCAAAUUCUCCGAUGACCUCAAAAGGCUAACUAGUACCUCGUCUACCAGAUCAACGGAUUGGCAUCUUCCCAGUCCCUCAUCCACACCAAAAUCGGUGACGUUCCCGGACUCGACCUUCAAAACACCAAAAGCUGAGGCCCAUCCUCCGCCUCAAUCACACUUCCUCGACGCCUGGUCAACCCCGAGGGUCAAUGGGCAGCAGACCCCUGCACAGACCCCGUCCUUCACCUUCACCACCCCAAUAGACCGUCCCUCGAGCUCCUAUAGCAACCAGAAGCCCCGCACCCCAGAAGAUCCCGAAUUUCAUGUCAACCACUUCGUCCCAAACAACCUCCCGCUCCCGCCUGUCGAACCCGCUCGCAGGUUGUCGUCCUCGCCGGACCCUUCCAAGCACCCUGAAGCAACCCUUCGACAGAACCCUCCCCUGCGGCCCCGGCCAGUCAGCAUGGAUACUUCACAGAUGCAGACGCCGCCCCCAACCAGGGACGCCACGUCGAGAAGAGGAGGCAUGCAGCAGCAGCAGGGGCAGCACCAGGCAGGGCAUAACUUCAACAACACUCCGGCAACUGUGAUACAUAGGGCACAGGGUCAGGUCCAUCCCAAUGAGGGCAUGUACAACCAGACGCCGCUGGGAUUUCCACCAUUGCAGUUCUCCCCCGAUCUUAUCCAAUUCCCCAGUACUGGACCCCUGUCCGCACCUGUGAUGCCACAGUCACGGCUGUUCUGGGACCAGAAUGACUCGAAUCAGAUGGACAUUGACAUGCAAAACCACCACAUGGGAUCUGACCCAUUCGGCCCUGCACCGCCUCAGAGAAUUGAUACGAACAUAGACUGGCAGACCUUCAGUACACCUGUUUCCGCUAACCACAUGAACCCUCAGGCAUUUCAAGCACUCCACGGUCUGUCCUCACCAGGCCCGAUGGCAUCUUUUGCAUCCAACAACGCCCCGGACACCUCGAGCUCUAGACCCAAUUCAUUCCUGUCAACAUCGGGCAGUGUAGACCCUAGUAUGCUGUUCAGCUUCUCCAGUCCGGGCCCGAGCACGUCCUUUGGUACCAUUCCGCCACCAAUCAGUAUUCCUCAAGACAACAGACAACCGUAUGAGACGCAAGUGCGGGACUCUAUGCGUGAGAGGGAAUUGGCCAAGAAGACGAAGAGUCAGCACUCUCGUACCAGUACAUCUUCCUCCUCUGCCUCAUUCGACCCUCGGCCUGGCCUACAGCGGAGCAACACCGACAGUGGUUUCAGGAAAAGCAGGCCGUCGUCAAUGGAGUCGAAGACAUCUGGUCCUGCCCCUCCUUUCAACAUCCCUCGCCGUUCAUCUCCCCUGAAGCGCCAGAGUGGUGCAUCAUUAACGUCCAUACCCGAGAUUCGACGGCCCCGAACACGCCUAGUGAUCGAUGCGGACGGACGUGCCAGGACCGAGACUGUCACCGCUGAUGACGACACCGACUCAGGGCACGAGUCUAGAAGAAGCUCCCAGAAGGACAUGAGGCAGCAGUACCCAGGGCUCUGGGCGGAGGACGACAGCGACUCUGAGCAGGAAGAGCCCGCCACCCUCAGCCGGAAUGCAUCCUUCAGCAUGCCCCAGCGUCGAGCCUCGAAGCACGCACGUGCCGAUAGUGGCGGGCUUGAGCGAUCCAACUCCUUUAAGAUGGCACGGCCCUCUUCGGGAAUAUUCGACAAGACCUCCUUCGAGACGAUACGUCCCAUCAAGAAGGCUGCAGACCAUCCCUUUCGUCGAUUCAGCAUGAUGGACCUGCCCACCUCGCUGGGGGAGCCGAAUGAGGUUGAGGACCAACAAAUGCCAGAGUCUCCUGGGGAUGCACUUGGCGCUCUGAAAAAGGUUGUGGAGGGCCGACAGAAGCGGAUAGAACGUUCCAGUCAGAACACCUUGAAGGCCCACAACCAACGUUGGGCACAGGCUUCGGCCGACAUUGCCAGUGCCAGCCCGCAUGGGCUCUCGCUCUAUGACCCGUAUACGAAUUCUUUCAGUGCGUCGCCUGCUAACUCGAACGACGCUGGCCUCACCACCCCCUCCACUGAUCGUAGCAGCCUCUCCAGCGAGAGCACUCGCUGCCUGUGCAACGGCUCGGACGAUGGACGACCCAUGAUCCAGUGCGAGUCGUGCACAAAGUGGCUGCAUAUGGGUUGUGUAGGGUUGAACGGCCACAACAUGCCCCCAGUUUAUGUGUGCGUCUUCUGCACUGGCACCACGCCCAUUGCGAGGGGUGGCAGGGUCCGCGGUCCCAUCCCUUUCGACCACUCACCCUUGAACCACAAAACCUUCUUCCGUCGCCAGUAA